CUACAAGUUGCACGAACAACGCAAAAUAGAUCCAUUCACUUAGCUACUUCAAGCUGGACCUUGCCUUCUUCCUUUUUCCUCCUCUUCCUCUCUCUCCUCUCAUCCAUCUCUUUAACAUCAAGCUUACUACUACUAACCAAAGCAGGUUGUGUUUGUUCGUUCUUGUUUCUGCGUCCUUCAUCGCAUCUGCAUUCACAUUUUCACGGCCUAGCGAGAAUUUACUUGUUUGCAUGGGUUGAGUUUGCUUGUUCACCGUGAAUAACUUCAUCAUGUCUUCCGAGGACAAGUACGAAACGCUGGAGAAGAUUGGCCAUGGCUCCUUUGGCAUCAUCCGCAAGGUCCGUCGCAGGACAGACGGCUUCAUCAUGUGCCGCAAAGAAAUCUCAUAUCUACGCAUGUCCCAGAAGGAGCGCGAACAACUUCACGCCGAGUUCCAGAUUCUAUCGCAUCUGCGCCACCCAAACAUUGUCGCCUAUUACCACCGUGAACACCUCAAAGUUAGCCAGGACUUGCAUCUUUACAUGGAGUACUGCGGGAAUGGCGAUCUCGGCCGCGUUAUCAAGGACCUCGCACUAAAGGGCCAGCGAGCUCAGGAAAGCUUCGUCUGGAGUAUCUUCAGUCAGCUCGUCAUGGCGCUUUACCGAUGUCACUACGGUGUUGACCCUCCAGAGGUUGGCGCCAACGUGCUUGGGUUAACACAGGGAAACGCUGCUGGCGGACCCAAGGUUCCCGCUGGAACAAUGACUAUUCUACACCGAGAUUUGAAACCUGAGAAUGUCUUCCUUGGCGAGGACAACUCUGUCAAGCUUGGAGACUUCGGUCUCUCCAAGAUGAUCAAGUCCCACGACUUCGCUUCUACCUAUGUCGGUACCCCCUUCUACAUGUCUCCCGAGAUCUGUGCCGCGGAGAAGUACACAUUAAAGUCCGAUAUCUGGUCUUUGGGUUGCAUCAUCUACGAGCUCUGCGCACGCGAGCCACCCUUCAACGCAAAGACGCAUUUCCAACUUGUGCAGAAGAUUAAGGAGGGCAAGUUCCCUGCCUUGCCCGACGUUUACUCUCCCGAGCUUUAUCAGGUUAUCAAGGACUGCCUCCGUGUGAACCCUGAUCGAAGACCUGACACUUCUGAGCUCCUGAACCUGCCAGUGGUCAAGCUUAUGAGGAAGGAGAAGGAGGUUGUUGACCUCAACAAAUCUCUCCGCCUCAGAGAGGAUGCUUUACGUAAGAAGGAAAGGGACCUCAAUGAGAGACUUGCCAACAUGGAGAGAGAAAAGGACGUUAUCCGAGAGGAACUGGACUCGUCGCUACGGAGAGAGUGGGAGGUUAAAGCACGUCUCGAGAUUGACCGUCUUGCCAACGCAGAGAUCGAGCAGCUCCAAAAUCGCUUCGAAGCCGAGGUUCAGGCACGCGUCGAAGCUGAGCUGCAAAAGAAAACAGUAACAUUUUCCGGCUCAAGACCUGAGAGUCGAGAAGAUGAGUAUGCCUCAUCAAUGGGCAAGUCGGAUUAUAAGUCCGACUAUCCUCACUCUUCCAUCGGUGGCAGCGAGGUCGAGUUCCCGUCCACAACAGAUCUCACUGAGUACUCCAUCGAUAGCCCCGAGGCGCCUCGAGAGACUAAGAAGACAGCUCGUACGCCUUUCAGCCGUGCGCAGACCAUGUUCGUCGGUAAUCCCGCUGGUACGCCAAUGGAUGUCGAGAUGAACUCACCAAGCCCUAUCGCCAUUGCGUCGCUAUCUCUUUCUCCUCGCCGCAAUGGCAACACCAAGGCUCCUACCACUGCCAAUGCAAACAUCUUUACCGCCAACGCCAAUCGAAACUCCGCCGAUUCCCGAUGGGAUCAUCCUCGUGAUACCUUGUCCGAUUCUGAAGAUGAAGACGUUGUCCCGUCGCCAACACGAAACAUCAAGUCUUCGAAGAAUCCCUUCACCUCCAAGACACGACCUGUCCUCACUUCUCAGAAGUCGUGCCCCAUGAACCGCCUCAAGACCCAACCAUCAACCUCGGGCUUCGUGUCUAAGCAGAUGCCUCCACCUGAGGCUCCGAGGUCGCCCACUCGCCGUCUGAGCAAGAUUCCCUCAGCGGCAAACCUCCAGUCCGAGGCCAACAGCCAGGGCUUGACGCGCGCCUCAUCACUCAACAACAAGAAGAACAGCAGCAGCACCGAUGAUGUCCUGGGCAAGGUUGCUGCUAAGAAUAACAUUCGAGGCCGAACCCUCGUCGAGCUUCAGCAGGCUCGCGCAGGCGGUCGUCCCAUGAGCGCCAUCGUGAUGCCCAGCACAGGGGAGAACGUCAGCCCCAAGAGGGCAUUCCGAGACCGCAUCGGAAUUGAGCGCAAGUCAAGUGGUGACGAGCCCGUCGCUGUCUGGGAUCCGGAACGAGACGAGAUGCCUAGUCCUUUCCUGGUCCGACAGCGACGGAUCGCCCGGGUGUAGGCCGCCUCCGUGCUAGUCGCAUGAAAAGAAGUAAUGAUGAAGAAAGCUGGUGUGUGGUUGUGGUUUUGUUUUUUUAUGCAUUAGAGGCGAGCAUCAUGAUAUUGCUUUGGAGGGUCUACGCUACCCUCACAUACCUCUUUGUCUCUCGUUUUGAUUCCCCCUUUCAUUUGUCUUACCGCAAGCUGAGAGGGAAACGAGAGGCUUUCCCGAUGGAUAUCCCCCUCACACGUGAGGGUUUGGAAAUGAUACAUGGAAACACUUAUGGGCGUUUUUGGCGCGAGCACAAGGAUCAUGGCAUGCAUGGAAUGGAAUGGGUUAUUACAUUUUAAAUGCUCUGUUGGUGUGCUUGUUACUUUUAAUGGACAAGGAUUUUAGCAUUGUUAUUAUGAGUUGAACGUCUAAACUACUUGCGAGGAAUGGUGGGAUUGGAUCGAAUUCGGUUGAGUUGGAUUGGGCUGUUCUUGCGUAUGUUUAUUCUUAGACGUUGUAAAAAAGAUAAUGACACACUCUUCUACAUACUCGACCUCUCAAGCCUCUCUCAACCGGGUGAAUAGCAUUGUUUGGCCCCCAAAUCUCCAACGGCUUCUCAUAGGAACGCAUCUGCACUUUAGAACUCGGUGAGCAUCCAAUGAAAUGAGGAGCCGUUAAAGUGCAGCAUUUUGCAGAUAACCCUUGUCUAUUCAAGACAUACAAUGUCAUUGGACAAUCCAUAUCAUCAUGAGAAUGGAUGUGUACCCAACUUACACCAACUCCUCUCCAUCAUGAACCCAACUUACAGCGUCGUCUCCCCUUCUCGCCUCAUUUUCCAAGGCCAAUGACAGAACCAAACUGUUGAUAUAUGCUUUCAAUCCAGGUCAUAAAUCAUUUUUCAAUCCACCUGUCGAGUCCAGCCUUGAUCUUCACACACGUCAGCAACUAUACUACAACCCUUUAGUGUUGGGCAUCACUGCGUCUCCCCCAUAAACGAUGCUUCCACCCGCCUUGCAUAUGCAUCCCCAGAGCUGCACCCCAGAGCCAGUCGUGCAGGUGAGGCGUUCGACAAUGUAAAAGCACGACUCGAAGUGGUCCAUUAAAAAGCACUAUGCGGUGAGAGCUCUCGUGAUGAGUACCGCCAUUGGCAGGGACAUCCAUGCCUUUUGACAUUAGCAUCACAUCAUGAGAAAACAAUCUUCCAAAGAUUCCAAGAAACAAAGGUACAUGUCGUAGUAAAGGUUUGUUAUGACAAUACAAUAAUCAACAAGGGGUAUUUUUCUCCAAGCACACGCUUCAACACCAAAUUUGUCUGAGUAAGGUAAGGAGUCCAAGCAUUUGACACAAAUGCCCGAGACACGAACAUAUAUCCAACAACAGGCGCUAUUCAACGCCAGAUAGCACCAAACUGAACCCAAGAAAACGCAGAUAGACAAUAAUAGCAACAAAACAUUAAAAAAUAGGCCAGGCCGUGAGGCCAAUUCCAUCUUGCGUAGACGUAGCGUAGCGUAUUGUAGCCGUGAGGCCCAUCAAUCUUCCAAAAUUCCCACGUCCCAGGUUCCCUUCCUGACCUUUGAUUCGUCAUGGCUAUAGACCGAGCCUGAGAGCAGAAUGCAUUUCGCGAUGCAACGAGCACGGCGGUCCUGUGUAACCCGCGCAGGACUUCGUCUCUUUUUCGAACUCUCCCCUAUUUUCUUUUUCGAAUCUUUUUUUCUUUUUAGACUUUUGUUUUACUGUAACAAUAUUUUGUAAGUGAGCAAUCUCGGCCACACUUUCCCACCAUCUGGUAGAUGAUCUGUUUAGUGCCGUGAACGAUGAGAACUGCUGUGACGAUGAGAGUGACCAUGGCUGCGAUGAGAGGAAGAAUGGUGCGACGAAGAGUGUCGGUGUCGGCUCGAGCUACCACUACUCUCAAGAUCCCGCUCCAAACUUUCAACUCUUGACCGAUAGCCCUUAACAAUCUCCUUGAUGUGGGCGAUACGGUCGAAAUCUACCUCGAGCUCAUCCAGCUGCUGAAGAAUCUCGGUAUACCGAGCAAUUUCUGCGUCGGCGCCGCCGAUGAUUCCGUCAGCUUCGUCAUAUUGCAGUUGGGUAAAUCGCUGCGCUUCAUGACUCAGGUAAUUAAUCCGUUGUUCGAUACUAGCCAUAAGAUGAUCAAAGUAACGGCCUAAAGCAGAAAGUGAGGAGCUGUCGAGUAGUAGAAGGCCUUGGCUACUGGCGCGACUAGCGGCGCGCGAGCUGCUGGACCCCCCUCCCAGUGCCGCCUGCCCUUGGCGAAGCAGCUGGAUCUCCUCGUUGGUGAGCCCUAGCUGGGUGUCCGGAACAGCCUGUGAGGACAUGACGGGCAGCAGCUAGCUAUGGCGUGGGGAGACCAGGUGAGUCGCAAAGUAGGCGGCUGCGAUUGAGAUUUGGGGGGUCAAGUAAAGGUUUUGGUUUUUGGGAUCGUCGCAGAAGAGCAAGUGGGUUGAGGAUGCGGUAUGAGUCGAGCAGGUGGGCGAGGAGAGAUUCGGUUUGUGUAUAAAACAGCUGCGGCAACUCGUGACAUGGGCUAUGCUGGAUGAGAAGAGACCGACGGGCCGAUGGCCUGUUGACACGAUUGAGUUAAGAACACAGCGUUGGUAAUGACACCAAUGGACAAGAUACCACGGCGCACAGAAACGACAAUGAUAGAGAGAUAUGCGAGGAGGAUCGCGGCGACGGCAAGGGUGAGGAUGAUAGCGGAUGCGACGAUGCUAGAAUGGGCGUGGGGUGUGCUGCGCAGAGCAUCAUGAUAUCGCGGCCAAUACGAUCAUGAGCAUCAUCGGUGGUGUUGAGUCGGUUUUCAGUGGCUUCGGGGUGUCAGGUAGUUCGUCUGGAGGCUCCCAGACCUCAGAGCGCCCGGAGAGAAACGAGGAGAAGAGAGAGCGAUCGAGGGAGUUAGGUCUCUUUUGGGGAAUAGACGGAAGAGGUGUGAUUGGAGAAUCGGGGGAGGAACCCAAGAAGACGGAAUUGGGCUCGAGGUGGAGGGUGGGGGAGAUGGACUCGAAGCAACAAAGUACCGGUACGUAUCGUUUCGUAAGGUCGGUCGGUCGAGUAUGGAGGAUGGAAGGCCCGUUUCGGUGAAAGAGGCAGGGAUGAUUUGACGAGGGGGUUUGCUUGAUGAUUGCGACCCAAAAGAAAGAUAUUUUCUUUGGUGUUAGGAUGUAAUGUGGUGCGGUCUGGUACGGUGAGUUGAGAUGCUGUAGAGCCUAUGGUGACAAAGCUUGAUAUCGUUGAGUAGUCUAACUGAACAAAAGAUGAUCAUUAGCCUCUAUCCUCGGCUGUGUGUAAG